AUGGAAGAGGAAAAGUCACUUUCAUCAUUAUCUGACUCAGAUGAAGUUGAAGAGUCCCAGAUAGACCCUGAAGAGGCAAAAGAUAAAGUAAUCGGUGAGCCUGAAGUGCCUACACUCCAACCUCGAAAAAGAUACAGCUCCUUCAUAUCCCAGCCCAACCAUCCUGAGGUACCAGAGCUCGUCCAUCAAAAAAGUGAUAUCAAAAUGAGCAAGAAAGGAGUCAAUGUCUUCGUAAGAUUUCGCCCUGAUAACGCCACAGAACAGAAGCUUGGUGUCCAAUGUGUAGACUAUCAUCCUGACCAAAAAAAAGUAUCUGUUUCAUGUGAUGGAAUUAGUCAUGGGUUUAAUUUCAGAAGAAUUUUCCCUCCUGAAAGUUCUCAAGAACAGAUUUUUUUAAGUUGUGCAUUGCCGCUUGUGGAAUCUAUAUUAGAAGGCUAUAAUUGUGCAAUUUUAGCAUAUGGACAAACAGGUGCUGGAAAGACUUAUUCAUUGCUUGGCCCUGGUUAUGACCAUCCUGAAAGGGUUGGAAAAUGCGAUCAAGAGCUCAGAGGUGUAGCUCCCAGAUUACUGCAGUCUAUUUUCCACCAAAUUUAUUCUACGGUAAGUGGAGAAGCUGUAUAUAAAGUAUAUACAAGCUACAUUCAAAUUUAUAAUGAAAAAAUCUUUGACUUGUUGAACCCUGCAAAAGAAAAGCUAAAAGUUUAUCAGGAUACUGAUAAAGGACUAUGGAUUACAGACGCUACAAAAGUUCCGUCAAAAAAUGUGAAAGAGGUCAACCAAAUUUUGGAAUUAGGAACAAAAUAUAGAGUUACUGCAGCUACCAAUUCUAAUGCAGAGAGCUCGAGAAGUCAUGCGCUGCUUAUUUUGACUAUAACGAAACAUUUAAUAAAUACAGGAACUUAUCGAGCUUCACAGGUGUAUAUGGUCGAUUUAUGUGGCAGUGAAAGAAUAUCGAAAACUGGAGUUGUCGAAGAAAGGCUAAAGGAAGCCCAAAAUAUUAAUAAAUCUUUAUUGUCACUUGGAAAUGUUAUUAACGCUUUGGCUGAGAAACGAAAACAUAUCCCUUAUAGAGACUCCAAAAUGACUCGUCUACUUCAAAACUCAUUUGGAGGAAACUCUUUGACAUCGCUGCUUUUAUGCUGCUCUUCCAACUCUACCAAUGCGUUAGAAACAAUAUCAACACUCAGAUUUGGUGACAGAGCUAACAUGGUCCACAAUAGGCCUGUCAUCAAUCAGAGAGAAAGCGCAGAUGACCUUACUCCACUUUCAGUACUUUCCGAGAUCGAGCAAAACAAUCAGGAAAUUUAUAUUUUUUGGCAAAAAGCACCUUCCGUAAGGGAGUAUUACUUUUAUCUUUCAUUUACCAUUAAUUUUUUAAAAAGAAAUUAACCCACCUCCGUGAGCAAAAAAUUUUUUUUUUCUCGGGCGGAGGAGUUAGAAGACUUUUAACAGAAUCAAAUGUGAAAUUAAUAAAUCAGCAAAAAGUAAUUAGAUAUCAAAAUGAGAGGAUCAUCGAAAUGGAAACAAUCAUAAGGGAGCUCUUCUCUAUGAUGGGAUCAAGCCAAGUAAAAGCAGUGCAAAGAAAAAUCCAGAUUCCGCUUGCACCAAUGUCAAGAAAUCCUUUUGACAAGCUUGGAGUGAAUACUUUUGUGUGCAUUUUUUCAUUUCUUCACCCAGCAGAUGUCUUAUCGAUGGUCGGAGUUUGCAAAUCGUUCCGCCAAAGAUUGAAGUGCGAAAACUUGUGGAGGUAUUUUUUGAUUGAGCUUAAACAAGGGAGAAUGGGAUUUAAAUUUAUUCCUGUGGAGACUUGGGAUAUAAACUUCGACAAAGUUGAAAGCUAUUGGGAAAUUUUCAAAGAUAAAUUUAUUAAGAGCCUUGCGAAGGGUAUGCCUGAGGACCCAGAAAGUGCUAGCAGAGGAAUUCAUCUGUUUCAUAAUAUGAGAUAA